CUUUCACGCAUGCUGGAGGUAGCCAUUUUGGGAGCGAUCGGAGCCUUUCCUGACGGGGGCACUGGAGCAACGGCGAGCUGGCUCCUCACUAUACGUGAAUGGUGUGGAGAAAGCCGUCAGCGAGUACGCAGUGACGCUUCCCAUGAACGGAAACGGGCUGUUGAGCCAGGGCAGCCCCCAGGCAGUUGAGCCCGGUCUGGCCGUGCCGGGCGGCGCCGCGCCGCCGUCCGCCGAGCCGCUGAUGGCCGGCCCGCCGCCGCCGCCGCCGGCGGCGCCCGUGCUGCAGCAGACCGGGCCCGUGUUCUACCCGACGCCGCAGAUGGACGGCAGCAUACCGCUGGAGCAGCUGAAGCAGCGGCUGCAGCACCAGCUCGAGUACUACUUCUCCAGGGAGAACUUGGCUAACGAUACUUACCUGAUGUCCCAAAUGGACAGCGACCAGUAUGUUCCUAUAUCGACGGUGGCCAACUUCAACCAGGUCAAGAAGCUGACCAACAACAUCGACCUCAUCACGCAGGUGUUGAAAGACUCGCCCAACGUGCAGGUGGACGGGACGUGCACGCGCGUCCGGCCCAACCACAAGCGGUGCACAGUGAUAUUGCGCGAGGUGUCCGAUGCCACGCCCAUGGAGGAGGUCAAGGCCAUCUUCGAGAGCCCGAACUGCCCGAAGGUGGUGAACGUGCAGAACGCGCGGCUCAACAACUCGUGGUACGUCAACUUCGAGUCCGACGAGGACGCACAGAUGGCGUACCGCUACCUGCGCGAGGAGGUGCGCUGCUUUCAGGGCAAGCCGAUUAUGGCGCGUAUCAAGGCGCAGCCCAUCAUCAACCGCAUGUACAACCCGCCGCCGAGCGCGGCCAAGAACGGCUUCGUGGCAGCGCCGGGCGGCGGCGAGCCGCCAGCCGCCUACCAGGUGAACGGCAGCGUGCCGGCCGGCCGCUACACAUACACGGUGGGCACGCCGGCGUCGGCGCCGCCAGCCGCCACCGCCGCCGUCGCCGCCUCGGCCGCCUACACCCAGCCGCAGCAGAACCAGUUCGGAGCCUUCUACCAGCUGCCGCAGCCGUACUUCCCGAAUCUGUCCGGCUUCUACGGCACGCCCAGUACGGGCCUGUUCGAGCUGAGCUCGGCGCCCGUCUUCACCUUCAACGGCCUGGCGCCGCAGGCCACGUUCAAGCAUGGCGCGGCGAACGGCCGCUUCAGCGGCGGCGGCGGCGGCGGCAGCCGGAACAGGAACCCGAAGCGAAGCCAGUCGGGCGGCUCUGUGGACCACAGCCGGAGUAUGGGUCUGCAGGGCGCCUACAAUACUCAGGGCCACAGCGCGUACCAGCCGGUGCACGUGCAGGGUCUGCCGCCGGGACCGGGCGGCACGCACAGCUACUCCAACGGCCGGGGCAGUCGCAGCGCGCACGCGCGCAGCUACAGCAACGACUACGGCCGGCCCGAGCCGGGGCACGGCGGCGCCGGGCCGCAGACCGUGUCUGGCUACCAGCCGACUGGCGCCAGCACUAGUCAGGUGGCGGCGGCGCCGGCCGCCGUCGGCGAUGCCAAGCGCGAGGAGGCGGCGUACGCGGCCGGCCGCCAUCACAGUGCUGCCGGACCAUCCCCACCGACGCGGCGCUGGUGA